AUGCCAAGAUCUGUACCCGUUGUUUCGUUUUUUAAUCAUAUUAAUAUAUUAUAUGGUGUUAUAUCUCAUUUAUGUACAACAUCAACAUGUCCAAUUAUGAUUGGACCACAAAACAGUUUAUAUUAUUGGAUUGAUGAACGAGGAAAAAAAGUCAAAUAUUCUGCACCACAAUAUAUUGAAUUAGCAAUAAUUUUUAUUCAAAAAAGUCUUUCGAAUGAAACGAUUUUUCCAACACGACUUGAUAAUAAAUUUCCUUCAACAUUUUCGAUAUUAAUUCGUAAAAUGGUACGUUUAUUAUUUCAUUGUCUGGCACAUAUAUAUGCUGUUCAUUAUAAUCAAUUAAUUGAAUUCGAAUUACAUCCACAUUUGAAUAGUUUAUUUCUUCAUUUAAUAUCAUUUUUAAUAAAAUCUGAUAUAAUUCCUUCUGAUUGUUCAACUGUAAAUACAAAUUCGAAUUCAUUAACAAUAUCUUCUCAAAUUGAAAUACGCGAAUUUCGAACAGAACUUGAAUCUUUAUCUCUUUUAUAUCAAUUAUUAGCUAAACAAUGGCAACAUGCUUAUGCUCAGGAGUCUGCACAAAAAAGAAAAACAUCAAACAAUCAAUAA